UCCUCACUUCGGUACGACCUACGAACCAAGCCUAGACCCCCCCGCAUCCCCGGAAGUAAUAUCCAAGCAGGCAGGUAAAUGCAAUGCUUAAAGCCAAGAUGAAACAGUAUGACUUGGCCGCGGGCGCGAAUCGCUGAUCGGACGGCAUUGACCUGUUUGGCGCAUCUCUCCCGUCCCCAAGUUUCACCCUGCGUUAGGCACGCUCAUAUGCCGUGUCAAUACCAGUGGUCCAGUUCUGCAAGCGCGGAGCUCACGACACCUCAGGCGCUGCCUUCUUUUUCUGAGGCACCUUGUGUCUGAUAUCACGAGAGUCCGAUGACAUCAUCUAAGCCGCCAGACUUCUCUACCUGUCACACUGGAGCAUCGAAGACAAUAGGUG